AUUGGCUCCUUUUAGAUACAGCAUAUUUUAUUUUGGUAUAUCUUUUUAAUUCAAAUGAGUAAUUCCUCUCUACAUAUAUAAUUCGAGUAACUCCAGAAUACAUUCCCUGCGUUUUAAUCCAAUUAAUUUUAGUUAAUUAAAUGUAGCUCAAAAUGCUUAAGUAUGUUUUUCAUAGCAUCCUGCUGGGCCAUUUUGCGCAUGCGUUAGGACAGGCCACCAUUUUGCGCGUGGACUGAAAAAGCGGACGUUUUGUGUGCUGCAAGCGGGCUCAAGUUAAUCACACAACUUCGUGUAAAGGUGGUCUAGCUUCGAUUUUCUUCCCCUUAUGUGUUAUUGUUUAUUCAAGGAAACGGUGUUAUUUUGAUUGAAGAAUGGCAGAGCAGCUGAAGCUGAGAGUCAUCGUGGCAGAUGAUGAUUUUAGGAGACUUGACGUUCCAUCUGGGAUGCCAAGAACUUUGACUGAUCUUCAGAGCACAAUUCGCCAAGCAUUUGGAAUUGAAAGAGACUUUCGUAUUCAAUUCAUGGAUCCUGACUUCAACAAUGAGUUUAUGAACAUAACAUCAAUGCAAGACAUUCAAGACCGAAGUACAAUGAAACUUGUGUACAUGGCAAAUCUGGAUACAAGUGCAUCUUUGUCAAAGCAGUAUCCCACAUGCAGUCUUGACUCUUCUGCAAGUCCAGAAAGUAUUCAAAGAAACUCCAGUCUCUCAUCGUCUUCAUCCAACUCAGACAGCACCAUAAUUCUACCACAGUCAGACAGUGAGCUGAGAUCAUGUGCAUGGCCUCACGAGUUUACUAUUCCUCGAUUUUCAUUCAAUGUAGAGGUGCAACUUCAGCGUGGAAAUGAGACCUUCAGAGAAUCUGGAACUCGGCUCAAGAUUACUCCAGGUGUUAAAUCUGACAUCUUAGAGAAGCUAGCUGAGGCGAUUUUUCAGUUUACUGCUUAUCCUCAAAAUUACCAAAUAGAUGAAGUUGCAGGGGCACUGAUCAAAAAAUUUCCUUGUCUGCGAGAGCCAUCUGCCACAGGUUACUAUGGCUGGAUGAUUAGCCUGAAAUAUAAGAUGGCUAAUUACAGGACAAAGAUGCGCAACAUUGGCCGUCCUGAAGUGACUAUAAAUGCUUUGAAAAACAAAUCCAGUGAUGAUUGCCUCCCAGCCAAAAAUGUUAAGAAACCUAAAAAGGCUGAGGUCAAUUUUUGUCCAUUACACACAGCUGGCGAAACGGAUGACAGUCUAGAAAACAUCAGGGUUGAGCUUUUGACCGACGUCAGACGAAAAACAGUGCCUCAGAUGUAAGGCAGAAGAUGUCAAGAACAUUUUCCUACCGUAGACAAGAGGUGGUGCAGGGAAGUCCAACUGCUGGGGAGUUUAAAGCUAGGUGGCCUGCACUUUUCCAGAUUAAUGAGGUAAAGGCAUGCUUUUUUUGCUGAGUGUUCUUGUCAGUAAUUCCUUAUGUUAUACAUUAAUUAAUCUGGGCCACUUGGAUUAAGACGAGUCCAAAUAUAGGCAUAAAG